AUGUUGAAAGUGGCUAGGAUCAGGCCGUGGGUAUGUUCCCGGUGUGUUAAGAGGCAGAUUCAAUCGCAUCGAGGGCUUGCGACUGCUUCUACACAAUAUCGCGAACCCCGACCUGUUCCUGUAGACAAUUCUGCUCCAGGUGCCAAACAUGACGAUAAAACGUUACAGCAGAUUUUUGACUCCCCGGAUUUCUGGGCCGAAUUCUCUCAAUCCUCAAAGCAAAGUUACAACAGUCCAGCUAUUGGACUUUUCCAGAAUCGGUACCUCGUCGACCCCAAAGGAUUCAAGGUUUUUGCGAACAUAAGUCUGCGAAAGGCACAAAGGAUUGUAGAUAAAGUUUUGAAGGCCUCGACAACCGAGGAAUACAAACAUGUCGCUAGAGACUUGGAUCGUCUUAGUGAUCUGUUAUGCCGGGUCAUAGAUUUGUCGGAUUUCGUUCGAGCCACACACCCGAAUGCAGCCAUACAAGCAGCUGCUUCGAGAGCCUACGCAGAGAUGUUCGAGUAUAUGAAUAUUUUGAAUACAACAACUGGGCUAGAUAAACAACUUGAAGUAGCCAUGGGAAUGCCAGAGAUCGUGGCAGGAUGGACGGAGGAGGAGGUGGUGGUCGCAGACAUUCUGAGGAAAGAUUUUGCAAAAUCAGCCAUUGAUCUGCCGCGUGCCCAGCAAAAGAAAUUCGUAGCUCUCUCACAGGAAAUCAGUGAAAUUGGCCCUGAAUUUGUUGAUUAUAUGAUACCCGCGAAACCCUACCUGAUGUUUGAAAGUAGUCAGCUGAAAGGUAUGGAUCCAAUUUCAGUGAAGAAACAUACGACAUGGGGACAAACCAAACUACCAACCAUGGGAAGUGCGGCUGCAGACGCCAUUAGAUCAAUUCAAAAUGAAGAAGUCAGAAAAGCGAUAUAUAUGGCCACUCGCACAGCUUCAAGCAACACAGUAAAUAAGCUCGAGGAGCUGCUGUGCAAAAGAGCGGAGCUGGCUAAACUCUCGAGGUACGAAAGUUACUCUCACCUAGCCUUAGGAGACAAAAUGGCCAAAAGUCCAGAAUCCGUGUCACAGUUCUUGCAGGCACUGGCAAAGGACAAUAACCAGAUUGUUAAAGGAGAAGUUUCCGAGCUCCUUAAGGCUAAAUUGUCGAAUCCUAAUGCAUCGUCCCCGGGUUUACAGCCAUGGGAUAAAGAUUAUUACAUGGCACAAAUUUUGGCUUCUGUUCGUUCACACUCUCGCAAUUCCGAUUUUCUGUCAGCAUACUUCUCGCUUGGUAGAGUCAUGCAAGGACUCUCUAGGCUAUUUACACGUCUCUACGGCGUCAGACUUGUGCCCCAUGAGACAAUGCCGGGAGAAACGUGGAAUUCAGAUGUUCGAAGAUUAGAUGUCAUCUCUGAAACAGAUGGUCAUGUUGCCGUACUCUAUUGCGAUCUGUUUUCCCGUCCCGGAAAGUCUCCAAAUCCUGCACAUUUUACACUUCGCUGUUCUCGAGAGAUUACGACAGCAGAGCUUGAAGAAGCUUCGACAUUAUCUGAAAAUGAUCUAUUUAAGAGCGAUGCAGAAGCUGCCAACGAUGGUAUGGCUACUUCAAGAUCUUCAGGGGUACUAAAGCAAUUGCCAACCAUAGCCCUCAUCUGUGACUUCGUCACAAUAUCUGGAAAGUCUUCCCGCCCAGCACUUCUCAGGUUCAGCGAGGUACAAACGCUCUUCCAUGAGAUGGGCCAUGCCAUCCAUUCUAUUCUAGGGCGAACGUCAAUGCAGAAUGUUUCAGGAACACGUUGUGCUACCGACUUCGCAGAGUUGCCUUCAGUCCUUAUGGAACACUUUGCAGCAGAUCCAUCUGUACUUUCACUAUUUGCGCGCCAUUACGAAACUGAUCAACCGCUCCCAUAUGAGAUGGUAGCCGAGAAACUGGCAUCAGACAAGCGUUUCGAAGGGUCUGAUACAGAAAAUCAGAUAAUCCUUUCUAUGCUCGAUUUGGCUUAUCAUUCUGAUUUGCCGCUAUCUUCAUCUUUCAAUUCAACAGAAGUAUACCAUUCUUUACAACAUAAUCAUGGUGCUCUUCCUGUUGAUCCUCCCGGAACGUGCUGGCAAGGGUUCUUCGGCCAUCUAUUUGGAUACGGUAGUAGUUAUUACAGUUAUUUAUUCGAUAGAGUUCUGGCGAGGAGAAUUUGGCAAGUGGUAUUCCAAGGUGGAGAAGCUGGUGGUAGCGUUCGCAGAGACAAUGGUGAGAAGAUGAAAGAGGAAGUUCUGAAAUGGGGUGGCGGUAGAGAUCCUUGGAAAUGUCUGGCUGGUGUACUUAAUGAUGGGCGAGUUGAAAAUGGAGACGAGAAGGCUAUGGCUAUCGUGGGUAGCUGGGGAGUGAAGGAAUAA